GCUGGACACCAGGAUCACCACUCCUCUGGGAAGUCACCUUCUGCCUCCUUCAGCAUGCGCUCUCUCCAGCUGCCAUUCAGGGCUGGCCCUGCUGCCCUGCUCCUGGUCCUGUGCCUGCAACUGGGAUUCAACAAAGCUCUGGAAAACUCUCGGAACGUGAUAGAUUUUGAUGUGGAUUUACCACAGAGAGCAAGAGCAAAUGAAGAAGUCACUUUGAAACUGAAAGUUCAAACAGAACUGAGAGAAUGCAUGGUGGUUAAAGCUCACCUCCAAAGCAACCCCCAAAUUGAAGGUUCCUUCAACUACAAAUUUACCCGCUGCCUCUGUGAAGAUAAUCCAGUAACCUUCUUCUGGGACUUUCAGACCAACAGGACUGCAAAAAUUGCAAUAGUGGUUGACAUAAUUAAUGAGAAAAAUAUCUGUGUUGAAGAUAUUUCAGUGACUCCCAAUGAAGCAAACCGAUAUUAUACCCUGCGUACCCUGUUCAUAGGUUAAUGAAACCCCUUCUGUGUCCACCAGCACCCAUGUGGUUUUCUCCAAGUAAGCUUGGCUGGGGUUCCUGUUGAGGUCUGUAAAAUAAACUGUUCAAGCUUCUCCA